AGGAAAUAGUUAAAAGUCAAUGAAAGUCACUAGAGAGAGACCAGAUUUUUUUUAAAUAAUAACCAUAAUUAACAUUUUAAUGUGUGAAUUUGGAGAAAUUUUCUUAAUGAGGCCCACACAAGGGUUGUCCACAGAAAUGUCCAAGUACCAAUGAGGAUGAAGACGGAUAUAAAAAGUAAAGCAAAUGUAUAACUGAUGACGCAUUACCCGCAGCGUGUCAAUAUUCUUAACAGCCACACCUCAAGGGGAAAGAAAAAAUCUCUUCAUACAUAUUUGGCCUCGUCUUUUGAUUAGCUAUCACCAUGGUGACAUGUCUUCAUUGUUACAGCUUCUUGAAAUAAGAGGAGAUGAAAAUGACGGUUAAUGAAAAGGGAAAACGGUGCUAAGGCUGCAGGCAGGAUCAGAUGCUGACAAUGAUUAACAGGGAUGGAGUGAAAUGGAAAUCUAUAUGACGUAGAUGGAUCCAGGAGAAAUGAAAGGAGGGCGAGAUGUUUGUCCAAGCAUGUCACCACCAAGGAUAUCAACAUAUCCCAGCUUUUAUUCAUUCACCAGGAAUUUGAGACAAACUCAGUGAGCACUGAACAAUCAUAAAUACCCAAAAGCUGAAAUAUGGUUGAGGUUGUGAUGUUGCUGCUGUACUAAAGUUACAGUGGAUAUGAAGCGUUUGUACAUCACAGUUUAAAUGAAUUAGAAGCAAGUUGACUCAUCAUUUAAAAGCUCGACAAUAGUUACGGUGCAUCAUGAAAUUAUUCACAGCGCUUCACUUUUUCCCACAUUUUCCCAUGUUACUGCCUUAUUUCAGAUUGUAUUAAAUUAAUCUCUUUUCUCAAAAUUCUACACACAAAGUGUAAAACAACUAGACGAAAAUCCAGGCACACGGCGGCCCAUCUGGAGUCUGGAUAUCAUUAGAAACAUCAUGCUUGGAGGUACUUUCAUCCACCAUGCCAAUAUUGUUUCUACAGUGAAGCAUGGUGGUGGAAGCAUCAUGCUAUGGGGGUGUUUUGGAGAAGCAGGAACUGGAACAAGAACUAGUCAGGAUAGAAGGAAAGAUGAAUGCAAAAAGGGUCUCAACUGUGAAGAUGUUUUUGGAAUAGCAAAACCAUUAAAAAAUUAAAAAAUAUUUAAAUAAAACCCUCAAAAUCUGAUCAUUUUGAGAACUUUCACAAGAUGUUGCCAAUUCAAGACGUCACAUUCUAAAGCAGCUACCACAAAGACAAAAUGCUGAAAUUAUAUUAAAUGUCAUAUUAGCUUAUGGGUAUAGUUAUAAAGCCAGGUUACAGGAACAUGUGUUUUAUUAGACUUGCCUCACAGAUUAGUAUGUGUUUUACACAUGUAACGUAAAAGACAGAUGAGAUUUAAAAUGAUCUCACUAAGGCAUUUGAACUUUUUUUUUUUUUUUUAGGUUCACAGGUUCACAGUUUACAAGAGCAUGUGUCUGAGAAAGCGAGACCGAUCUGGGUUCUCUUGUUUUAGUAACAAGUAGCCUAAAUCAAUAGUUUCCCACAGAGUAAAGUCAGAGCACACCAUUCAGCGUCAUGUGAGUGCUCAAGUCACGGUUUAAGCUCUAAAGUCCGGGCACCUUCAGGAAAAAAAGAACAAAAAAAUUCCUGCUGACGCUCCCUGGACGCACACCUUAAUGCCUGGGAGAGAGAAAGGGAGCCAGGCAGACGGAGGAAGUCAUGCUGCACAGCUGAGAGGAGGUCUGUGUUGGAGCCGCUCGGGUUGUGUGUGUGCACGGAUGCAAAGUCAUCUCUUCUUCUUGCAAUGAAUGCCUUAAUGUGGACGACUGGUUAGUCAUCUGAAAAUACCUGGACCCCCCCCCCCCACCCCCAGUCAACCCGUUUCUCCCUCCCUGCGAUAUGAACGGGUUGCAGCCAGAAAACGCUGGAGUUGCUGGAAUCGGGGAAACCGCCGAGGAAAAGUACGGAGCUCUCGCCUUCGACACGGCUCUCAGCACUUUGGUGGUAGUGGCCCUGUACGUGGUGGUGAAAGUCAGCCUCGACGGCUUCAGGCAAUGGCGUGCACGGAUCUCGGUGCUCGUCGUGGGCUCGGGUCCCGUGGGGCUGACGGCGGCGCUGGUCGCUGUCCGCUCCGGGAAGGUGCUGAAGCUGACCGUGCUGGACGAGAGGUACCGGACCGCGCUGCUCUGCCGGCCCCAGCAGAUCGCCCUGGACCCUCGCAGUGUGAAGUUUCUACUGGGACUCGGAGUGGACUUUGAUAACAUGGAGGGCUGCUGGCACAAUGAGCACUUCUUCACUAGAAUAGGCGUCUUUCAGGAGUAUCUACUGAGCAUCCUGGAGCAGAAGAAGCAGAAGGUGGAGAUCAAAGUGCAGCUGGGAACUAAGUUUACGGAGGAAUACCUGCAGCGGAUUCUGCACAAUGACUGGCCUCGAGUCAUCGUGGUGGCUGAUGGAUCGUGCGGAGACUCCUGCUCCAUUUUAGGAAUCAGCUCUGACUACAUUGUGGAGUCCUGCCAUGCCUAYGGAGCUAAUGCUACCAUAGAAAGAUCAGAUCAGAGGCAGGUGCCCACACCYGAGAUACGUGCGCACAGCCUCUAUUUUGACCUGUCUGCUUAUGGAGUGGAGGCUCUCCGAGAGCACAAAAACCCGACAGCCAAGUCUGGCUUCCACCUGAAGAUCUAUGGCACCUUCAGAAACCGCUACAUGGCCCUCGCCUGUCCCACUUCUGACACCAAAAUGGUUCGUUACCUCAGACAGACUGCAAACUCCUUGAUCAUGAAGAACAUUUUCCACGAAUCCUUCAACGCCUACAAGACAGACAUUGAACCUCGUCUCAACGACGUGACGCUCCACCACAUGCAGUGCAGCCGCCGACUCUUUGAGGUGCAGCUGUCACACAGACGCAUCAGCGCCGCCUACAUAGAAGGAGAAAAUGUUGCCGUCAUUGUGGAGGGCGAAGCGGCACGCGUCCUCAACUUCGACACAGGGUUUGGGGUUAAUCUGGGAAUGCGAGGCCUUGAGUCAGUGGGGACCUUCAUUUAUCGGACAGCCACUGCUGUGGACCAGAAUGAUAUUCUAGAGGCGCUGUCAGCUAAGAUGCAGCACUCCAAACAGGUGGCAGAGACCUUCAAGCAGACAGGUCUGACUGAGUCGAUGUAUGAGUGAGGAGGCAGCAGAUCCUGCUGUGUACUAAGUGCCACCCAGUGGACAGAAGUGGAUCAGAACGUGAAGACUAGGCCUGAAGCCUUCGCCGUGUUAAUAAUGUCAUUUCAGACUGAGCUUAAAGAGACUGAUCAGACAAAUAAUUGAGAAAAUUGGUAAACGCUUUUCUGAUUUACAGGCAACAYAUGAAGUUGAUGAAAUCAAGUCGUAUUCAGGAAACCAAGGACAAUCAUAAAGCUGCAACAACAUAUUUUCUGUGGUUUGUAUGGAAAAGAUGUUCUGCUCUAAAAUAGUUGGAAUUAACUGUGAAUUAUUUUCCUCUAUUUUUCCUCCUUUAAUUAGACAAUCCAUUGACUUGAUUUCCAGUUAAUUGACAGUUGUGCACGAGAGCUGCUGGAGAAUAACAGACUGUGUUGAAGCAUCUUGCAGCUUAGAGUGAGAAAUGCUAGGGCUAUAAUUAACAAUGAUAAAAAAAUAAAUAAAUAAAACAUAUGCUAGAUCAGAUGAUGUAAGGCAGCAGCUGUUCCACACGGGGUUUUCAUUGCCUCAUUUGUAUCUGUGUUGUUGGCUGCUGAUAAGGUGGCACACUGGUGAUAAUAAUGGUCUUAAGCAUUUGAAACGAUAUCUUCUUUUUCCUUGUACAUAUUUUAUAUGGCCAUAUUGUGAUUUGUUUUGUUUUUUUUACAUAUUUUCAUCUUGAUGAUGUGAAAUGUCUCAGUGAUAAUGUAGUAGAAGUGCCAAUAAAACUGAUGAGGAACUCAUGCAGUGACAGUGGAAUAAGUGCUGCUUCUAUUUAUCUUUUUUAUCCUUAAAUUAGAAAUCAGUUUGGUCCRGUAGGAAACCGUGCACGUAUGAUUAUGAUGYAUKAUGUGAAAAAGUGAUCCAUAAUGGCUAUUCAUUCAGCUUUUACCUAAAGAUGCUUUAGAAUGCAAGGACACUCUGAAAAACAGAUUACAAUUUAUUGCAAAGCAUGAAAGUUUUUAGAUUAGAUAUCAAAGUAAAAACAAGAAUAACUAAAAAAAAAAAACAUUUUCAAAACUGUUUCAAUUAUAUAUCCAUACUCACCAUUUUUAUGUUUUCUCGAGCUUCCCUUAUUUCUUGUUUACUACUUUCUACUGAUCUCUGUAUGUGUGUGUGAAUGUAAAAGUGGCUGAGGUGUAAACUGCUUUAAAUUGUCAGUUUUACCAGAAAYGUUUGAUAUAAAAUCACUGUGUAAAAUCUGCAAAUGAAAUAUUAAACUACAAAUGCAUGUGUUUUAUCUUGCACAAUGCA